ACACAGAAGCUGAUGAUCCCACGCUCAUGGACAAUUAUUUGUUCUACUCUAAUCAGAUUCCUAUGAGGCCCGAUGGUCUUUAUAUCGAAGAGAUUUUGAAAAAUUGGUUCGGCGACUAUGAUAAGCUCGAAUACACUCACAGUUAUAUUCAGUGGCUCUUUCCAAUCAGAAAGAAAGGUCUAAAUGCAGAAGCUCAAGCUCUUCAGCUCCACGAAGCAAAGGCUAUCAAAAGUGAUCCACAGAUCAGAGAUCGAAUUCUUGGAGCCUACAACAUGAUGUUGGAUUUUUAUGGAAUAGAACUUGUAAAUAAACUCACGGGAGAAGUGAAACGAGGAAACAACUGGGAGGAAAGAGUCAAGAGCCUAAACAAAUAUCUUCAUAACUACUUACGGAUUACCCGGAUCCUAAAAUUUCUUGGUGAAGUGGGAUUUGAAGAGUUUAAAUGCCCCCUAGUGGAGUUUCUCCUUCUUGAGUGCCUAAAAGAAAAGUCUUUGACAGAAGCUAAAAUAUCUCUCAGAGACUAUUGGACUUGUGUACUACGAAACGAAGCAGAUCGUACUUACAUACUACGUCUUCUCAAUCAGUUUUGGCCUAACUACGAAUCAUUUUGAAAAACAAUUAACUUCGCCAUGAUGAGAAGAGCUGUAAGACACUGGCACAAACGAACGGAGUAACGAAUUCAAACAAACAAAAAAUUAAUUAUAAUAUCAGGAAAAAAAUGUGCCUGCGAUUUUUGAGAGACUAUAAAAUAACAGAACCCUAAAAGUCAUGUUUACAUAUUUACAGUUAAACUAUAAUUUUUGUUUUACGUGAACAUUUAUAAAACUACCCAUUUUGUUUUCUAUAAACACUUUUAAGGCUUUUCCCUUUCCGUGAGCACUUCUAACGUUUUACCUUUUGUCUUCUGUGGACACUUUUUGUAAAACUUCCAAUUUUGUUUUCCUUAAACACUUGUAAAACGUUCCUGUAGUUUAAAACAAAAGUUUAUCCUUGCUUUACGGAGCUAGUCAAUUUUGCCAUGUGAAUUAAAGGAUCCAUAUUUUUGUCGUCAAAUUUGAAAACCUUGGAUGUAUGUUAUACACCGUUAGCUGGAAUAUAUCCUCAUGUAAACGAGGGGAUGUUUUUUUUUUGUUGUUGUUGUUGUUGUCGUUUUUCCAUGUAUGCUUUUCCACUUUCCUAAAAGACUAUUUUAUGUUGUCUAAAUAAAGCAAUUAUCAGUUAUAA